AUGAACUUUUAAGUGUUUCCCUAUGCAGAAAGCUCCAGUGCCAGUCAUUCCUCGGACGCGUUCCAGCUCGCUGGGAGCGCACUCUGGAAUGCGGGGUUGCCUCCGCCCUCCCCUUACGAAAAUUACGGACAGAUGUUUGCCACUAGCUUGGGUGGAGUUGCGCUCUUUACGUUGAAAUUUCCACAUCCUGUUCUUCAACCCAAAGCGCAAGACAUCCUCUGUAGCCAAUCACCUUCGAGAAAUCCUGUCCGUCAACCAAUCAGAAGUUACCAAUUCCGGGACUUGCGCGAGCUGCUCAGGCUCGACUCGCUGUGCUGUAACUCUCAACAUUUUUUGAGAAAAUCUUCCGACCUAACAACCAACAGAUAAAAUAGAGUGAACCUACAGGCGCAAGUUUUAACGGGUUGGGCCACCCUGCCUGCCGCCUCCCAUCAUGCCUUUGGUGACGAGGAAUAUAGAGCCGCGGCACGUGAGCCGUCAGACCAUCCCUUCAAACAUCCGCAGCGAACUGGAAUGUGUGACCAACAUCAGCCUGGCCAACAUCAUCCGUCAGCUCGGCAGCCUCAGUAAAUAUGCAGAGGACGUGUUUGGGGAGCUUUUUAUCCAGGCUGGAGCCUUUGCUACCAGAGUCAACACGCUGGGGGAAAGAGUUGAUCGCCUACAGGUUAAAGUCACCCAGCUGGACCCCAAAGAAGAAGAGGUCUCUCUGCAGGCCAUCACUACCAGGAAAGCCUUCCGCAGCAGCCUGACCCAGGAUCAGCAGCUGUUCACCAGGCCGUCUCUGCCUGUCCCUGUACAGGACACUUACACCACCUGUAACCCUCCACCACCACUCAACCAGCUCAGCCAGUACAGGGAGGAUGGUAAAGAGGCUCUGAAGUUUUACACGGAUCCGUCCUACUUCUUCGACCUGUGGAAGGAGAAGAUGUUGCAGGACACCAAGGACAUCAUGAAGGAGAAGCGCAAGCACAGAAGGGAGAAGAAAGACAACGUGAACCCAAGGACGCUUCAUCCUCGAAAGAUCAAGACCAGGAAGGACGAAUGGGAGCGGCUGAAGAUGGGACAGGAGUUUGUCGUACCAAAGAAUGAAAAAAAUCCCUCAGACGUACUGAAUGACAGCUUCGAAUCCAGGGUGGACAUCAACUCAGACGACCUUGAGCUAAGCACGGACUCUUACCACUUUGAGCCUGGCUCGCCUCCGCCUCCGCCUGGCCCUGAUGACAUCCUGCCUCCUCCACCCCCAUACACGGCGUUUAAUGAUGGAUCAGCAGCUCAGCAUAGAGUCAGCAUGCUGAGUCCAACCCAUCCUCCUCCUGCGCCUCCUUCUAUGUCUCCCCCUCUGAACUCCCGCCCAAACCUUUCCCCGCCCCCUGCACCUCCUCCCCCGCCCCCGCCCUCUGGUUUUGCUCCACCUCCUCCUCCAACUGGCUUCGAUGGCACUCCCUCCCCACCUCCACCCUCCUUUCCAUCUCCACCCGCUCCUCCUCCACCGCCCGAUAUGGCCAUGGCUCCUCCCCCACCUCCAAUCACCACAGGUGGAGGACCGCCACCCCCGCCGCCGCCUCCUCCACCUCCGGGGCCUCCUCCUCCACCCUCUGACUACAGUGCUCCUCCUCCUCCACCUAUCUCGGGCGGUGGUUUGGCCCCCAGCUCUGCUCCCAAACCUCAGCCAGCUCCUGUCAGCGACGGUCGCAGUGACCUGCUGCAGGCCAUCCGACAAGGUUUCAACCUGCGUAAGGUGGAGGCUCAGCGGGAACAGGAGAAGAGGGAUCACUUUGGCAACGACGUGGCCGCCAUCUUGUCGCGCCGUAUCGCCGUGGAGUGCAGCGACAGCGAGGACGACUCCUCAGAGUUCGACGAUGAGGAGUGGUCCGAAUGAUCACGUCUCCUCUCAGCUUCACUACCACCAUCUUACCUUAUUAGCCCUGAUCAACAUCUGGUCAUUUCCUUUUGUAUUACAUUCUUCCAGUA